UAUAUCACAAACGAAGCAUAGGUUCACAAAAAUAUUCAGAGGCUAUAAUGAUUUGAUGAUAAAACGGACCAAAACCAUUUCCUACAGACACCAGGAAUCAUCAUCAUGGCAGAAGCAGCAAAAAGUAGUGACAGGAGCUAACAAGGGGAUUGGUUAUGGAAUAUGCAAGAAACUGGGUUUGAAUGGGAUCGUGGUGGUGCUAACAGCUAGAAAUGAGAAAAGGGGUUUGGAAGCAGUGGAGAGAUUGAAAGAGUUUGGCCUUUCAGAGUUUGUGGUUUUUCAUCAACUUGAUGUGACAGACCCUUCUAGUGUUACUUCCUUAGCACAAUUCAUCAAAACCAGAUUUGGAAAACUUGAUAUAUUGGUGAAUAAUGCAGGUGUUCCUGGGGGAAUAGUAAAUGCAGAGAAUUAUCUUAGAAGGAAAAGGGGUGAAAAAUUGGAUUGGAAUCUGAUAGUGUAUCAAAAUUAUGAGUUAGCCAAAGAAUGUGUUGAAACAGACUUCUUUGGUGCAGAGAGAGUAACUGAAGCUCUUCUUCCUCUGCUUCAACUCUCCACUUCACCAAGAAUUGUCAAUAUUUCUGGUCAAAUAGGACUAUUGAAGCACAUACCAAAUGAGUGGGCAAGAGGAGUUUUGAAUGACAUUGAGAAUCUGACAAAUGAGAAACUUUAUGAGGUGCUUAGAGAGUUUCUGAAAGAUUACAGAGAAGGAUCAUUGGAAUCAAAAAAUUGGCCACUUGUGGUUUCUGGUGUGACCAUGGCAAAAGCAGGUAUAAAUGCUUACACAAGGAUGCUAGCUAUGAAGUUCCCUCAUUUUUGCAUAAAUUGUAUAUGCCCAGGCUCUGUCAAGACUGAUAUAAACCACAACCAAGGCUUGUUAAGCAUUGAUGAAGGUGUUGAAAAUCCUGUUAGGCUUGCAUUGUUGCCUGAUGAUGGUCCUUCUGGCCUCUUUUUCUCAAUGGAUGAAGUCAUUCCCUUUUGAUCUACACUGUUUUUCACUGUCAUAAUCUCAAGAGAAUAAUUUGUGUACAUAAUAGUGUGUAAAUACGUUAUGAUUGUUGCUUGAAACUAAUAAGCUACCUAUUGUUUUGUAAUAUUCAAGUUUUAGUUAAAUAUACCAUUUUUUUUUAAUUUUAA